UUAACCUCCAUGGCGAUUGAUAAACACGUUGCAAUGUUUUGAAAUAAAUUCACUGUUUGUGGAUAAAAUUAAUUCGUGGAAUUAACUACGAAUAGUGAAGGAAAAUAACAAGUUAUAAUAAUUUUGAAAUGUAUACGAAAUCUAUCAUGGUUUGUAAAUAAAUGGCACAUGGUCUUUUGAUGUCAAUACAUUCGGAGUUAACCUUAGAUAUUUAAUAAAUAAAGAGACUUUGGAUCAAAAAAUUAGAUAAAGAUGAAAGUUAAAAGACUAAAAAAAGUACAAAAAAAUUUGGCAUUUUAUGCUAACAAUUAUAAAUUUCAUGAACCUUAUCAAGUACUCAUUGACGGGACAUUUUCUCAUGCAGCUUUAGAGAAUAAGUUUAAUAUUCAAGAACAAUUACCAAAGUAUUUCCAAGCAAACGUCAAACUUUUGACAACUCCUUGCGUUAUCAUGGAAACUGAAAGAUUAGGUCAUAAAGUAUAUGGAGCAAUGUUAAUUGUUAAACAAUUCGCCAUUCACAACUGUACGCAUGUGAAGAAUCCUACAACUGGUUCUAAAUGUCUUCGAUCGAUGAUAGGAAGAGAUAACUCUUCAAGAUACAUCGUAGCAACUCAAGAUCGAGAACUUCAAGAUCAACUUCGUAAAGUAGCUGGAGUUCCGAUAAUUUAUCUUCAUGGCUGUGCUCCAACACUAGAGCCUCCAUCUGAAGCAAGUAAAGAAAAAGCUCAGGCUAUGAUUAAGGGACUUAGUUUAAAUUCUGUUCAAGAGGAAACGAUAAAAACUUUAAAAGAAAAAUCAGGUCUAUUGCCAGAUGAGCCACCAUUACGUAAAAAAAAGAAAAAACGAGGUGGACCGAAUCCAUUAAGCUGCAAAAAAAAACAAAAGAAAACAACAAUCAGCAAUGAAUCUACUAAAAAUUCUGGAAAAAUUAAAAAAAGAAAACGAGUGAAGAUUCCUGCUCAUAUCAAGGAAGUUUUGAAGACAUCGAUCAGUUAAUUACUGUUAGAAAAUAAUUUAAUAAUAAUUUUAACUAAUGUAAAUAUAUAAAAAAUUACAAAAUAGUAAGAAA